ACCCCACCGCGUGCGGUCAUCCAGUAGUAUGUCAUAGUUUUCUGUCCCCUCCUUCUUGAAGACUAUCUUUUCAAAAAUGGCUGUCACAAGAGCUAUCUUUUCAAAAUCUAAAAUUCUGAAAACUCAACAAAAUCUCAAUCAACCACCCACUUUAAGUAUAUGGAAGGAGUAUAUUCCACCAGAACGAGAUCAUGAGACUUUAAAAUUAAGCCAUCCAAUUCUACAAGUAUUAGAAUCUUCAAACCCAACACUAAACCAAUUCAAUCAAAUCCAUACCCAGCUUAUCAUUCUUGGAAUUUUUCAAAAUUCUCUUGUAUCCAGUAGAGUUAUUAAGAAGCUCUGUUCAUCUCCUCAUUUGGUUUCACAUGCUUUCACUGUUUUUUCACUUCUUGAUCAACCUGAUGCUUUUCAUUGUAACACUAUAAUAAAAUCUUGUGUUAAUUUUAAUAAACCAGGUAUUGGUCUUAAAUUUUAUUAUGAAAAUAUGUUUGCAAAAUGUAUAUCACCUAACCAUUAUACAUUCCCUCUUUUAGCUAAGAUAUGUGCAGAAAUGGGUUGUGUUGAACAAGGAGAAAAGACUCAUUCUCGGAUUUUGAAGUUUGGGUUCGAGUCGGAUUUGUUUGCUAGGAAUACUUUGAUUCAUAUGUAUUCUUGUUUUAGGAGGAUUAAGGAUGCACGUAAGUUGUUUGAUGAUGCUAGUUUUGAUCAUUCAGACAUAGUAACUUGGAAUUCAAUGAUUGUUGGGUAUGUGAAGAAUGGUGAAGUUAGUGUUGCUCGAAGACUGUUUGAUGAAAUGCCGGAAAGAGAUAUUGUUAGUUGGAAUUCGAUGAUUGCUGGUUAUACUGGAGUUGGAGAUAUGAAAUGUGCUGAAGAGAUUUUUGAUAGGAUGCCUGUUAGAGAUGUUGUUAGUUGGAAUUCUAUGAUUGAUGGGUAUGCAAAAUUGGGUAGUGUUUCGGCUGCUUUAAAUCUUUUUGAUCGGAUGUCUAAGAGAAAUGUGGUUACUUGGAAUAUGAUUUUGGCACUUCAUAUAAGAAUCAAAAGUUAUGAAGAGUGUCUUAGAUUAUUCGAUAGGAUGAUGAUAGCACAAGGAACAGAUGUAGAGCCAAAUGAGGCAACUCUUGUGAGUGUCUUAACGGCGAUAACGAAUUUGGGUAGUCUCGAGAGAGGUAUACUGGUUCACUCCUAUAUAAAAGAGAAUGAAAGGAUUAAACCUGAUAUCUUAUUAUCAACUACUAUUUUGACAAUGUAUUCAAAAUGUGGUGCAAUGGAACUGGCAAGAGAAGUCUUCAACGAAAUGGAGGAGAGGAAUGUUGUGUCGUGGAAUUCUAUGAUAAUGGGAUAUGGGACUCAUGGACAUGGUGAGAAAGCCCUAGAGAUGUUCUUGGAGAUGGAGAAGAAUGGGCCAAUGCCAAAUGAUGCAACAUUCAUAUGUGUCUUAUCGGCAUGUACUCAUUCUGGCAUGGUAUUAGAAGGUUUGAGGUAUUUCAAAGUAAUGCAAAAGGUUUACAAAAUUGAACCGAAGGUAGAACAUUAUGGGUGCAUGAUUGAUCUACUUGGGCGUGCCGGAUUGGUGAAAGAUUCUGAGGAACUUAUACAGAUGAUGCCAAUGAAGGCAGGGCCGGCGUUAUGGGGAGCUCUGUUAUCUUCAUGCCAGAUACAUUCAAAUUCUGAACUUGGAGAACUUGUGGGGAAGAAACUAAUUAAGUUGGAACCAAAUAAUGCUGGAGCGUACGUACUUUUAUCUAACAUAUAUGCCAUGGCAGGUAAAUGGGUUGAUGUUGAAAAGGUGAGGAAGAUGAUGGAAGAGAAAGGCUUGCAGAAAGAUUCAGGAUUUAGCUUGAUUAAUCUUGUUAGCCCUAAUGACACUUGUAAGUAGGUCUUCCUUUAAGGAGAUGGAUCACUGCAUAAGAAGAAUAUGAUGUACUCUAUGUUAAGAGAGUUAGCUUCUCAAAUGAAGAUGGAUCAAAUUUAAAGAAGGUCUCCACAUUAACCUCAAGGGGCAGGGAACUCAAGGUGGGCCAUGAAAUGGUCCGGUCAGCAAAAUUGUUGUUCCUCCACUGUUCCAUUUGUGGUUCAUGAUACUGGUCAUAUGGUCCCCAAUCCCCAUGGAUCAGCCUAAGGCUGCUUUAAAGAUGCUGAGAAGAUGGAUUCAUGCAAAACUUGUCAGAAGAAGCUGAGUCCGAUGAUGGAGUGGUAGCAGAUUUGUAAGUACCACCAGAGAGCAAUCUCUAUCUGAAUCUCAAUCUUAUGUAGUGUCGUUGUCCCUUUGGACCAGGAAAUCGUUUCAGCUGUCGAUCAAAUCUCAAGUUUCUUAUGGAAACUCAACUUUCGUGUGCUUGUCUUUUAUGGUAUGUAAGGUAACCAUAUAAGGAUAUCACAUGCAUAAUACAUGAAUGAGGACACAUUUUCGCCAUAAAAUUCGAAUUCCAUGCUUGUACAUGUUCCUCUGUUACGUUAGUUUGGGCAUUUAGUUUCAACUUCAGAACUCGGUGAAAAGAUGCAACAACUUCGACUUCGUAGGGAGCUGGACAAUGUACCAGGGGAUGAUAUCUCUGUUUAAAUUCAAAGGACAAAAGUUAUAAAAACAGACCACAUUUUAGCAUACUUCUGAAUUGAUUCCAUGUUUCAAAUUUACCUGCUUUCUGAAAUCCAUCCUUUUUUUACUUUUCUUGAAGACUAGUGAGAAUUCUCACAUAAACACUUGUACUGCUCAUAGUAAUUAUUAUGUCUAAUCUCUGUU